AUGUCUUCAGAACUUGUGCUAAUCACUGGCGGCACAGGUUUCAUUGGCGGUCAUGUUGUUCAGCAGACGCUGGAAGCUGGCUACCGCGCUCGCCUUGCAGUGCGGAGGGAGAAAUCCAUCGAGACGUUCAAGAAAGUCUUCUCGCAGCAUCUCGAACAACUCGACUUUGUCGUCAUCGAAAACAUUACGAAAGAGCGUGCCUUCUCAGACGCGCUGGUUGGCGUCGACUACGUCUUCCAUCUGGCAUCGCCCGUCCCAGGAAAAGGCACUGACUUCAAGGAGGACUAUUUGAACCCCACCAUCAAGGGAACCAUAUCGCUGCUCGAAGCCGCCCAGUCUGUUCCGUCGAUCAAGCGUGUCAUCAUCGACUCGUCCAUGACCUCGUUAAUGCCACUGGAGGUAGAUGAUGCCGACAGUUUUGAAGUUAAGGAGGGCACAAACCGCACGAUUCGAAUCGAUCCAGACUCCCCCCUUGUCACGAGCCCCUCCGCUCCCACCAUCGUCAAGUACAAAGCCUCCAAAUUGCUCGCCCACCGCGCCUGCCUCGACUGGGUUGAGCAGCAGAGCACCGCCGGUAAGCUUUCAUUCGCCGUCGUCAGCCUGCAUCCUUCUAUUGUUAUCGGCCGUCACCUUCUACAGCCAUCGCCUACAGUUCCAGGCAGCAGCAACGCGCACGUCUGGGACUCACUGUUCGCGCCGGAGGGACUGUUGCAUGGGAUUGGCGUUGAUGUGCGCGACGUAGCAAGCGCGCACCUAUGCGCGCUAAAGCCUACGGAUGACGAGCUCGGUAUCAAGGGCCAAGUCGCAGAGUUUUUGAUCAGCGCGCCCGAUUGGACGUGGCGAGGCAUUGCAGAUUUUGUGAAGAAGAGUUAUCCGUGGCUUGCUGUCGCAUUAGAAGAUGGGCCAUCGUUGAAAUUGAGGACAGAGAGAGCGGAAACGGUGUUAGGAAUCAAGUGGAGGUCGUUGGAGGAUGCAGUCGGCGAACUGGUUGAACAGCAGAUUGAGUGUGGGAACGUAAAGCCCUGA